UACCCGAAGACAAACCACUCGUGUGAUACAUAGCUAAUGAUUACACGUAAUAGUUGUGCAUGUAGUUUUGGUGUCAUUUUUCAAGCACAGACAUACAAAUUUUCGCGUAUAUUAUAAUAUUCCGAUUUUCCAUAAGAGUCAAAUCAAGCCUUUUUAGAAAACAGUACUGCAAAACAGAUACCAAUACCGCUUUCGUGACGUCACGUGGUUUUGGCUCCCUUCCUCUCCUGUGUAGGUCAACGUGUGGUUGGGUUGUGGUGUAUGACGGGUUUUUGCUUUAAAUUGCACGUUUUUACGAAUACAGUUUGUUAAUUCCUAUGUAAAAAGAAGAUUACUAAUCUUCGAAAAUGGCACGAUACGUGCAAAGACCUGAGAACGCUCUUAAACGAGCUAAUGAAUUUAUUGAAGUGGGAAAGCCAGCAAGGGCGCUAGAUACUUUAUAUGAAGUUUUUCGCAAUAAAAAAUGGGCAUACAAUUGGAGCGAGAGUGUCCUGGAACCAAUCAUGUUCAAAUAUUUGGACCUGUGUGUCGAGCUGAAGAAAUCGCACAUUGCAAAGGAAGGGUUAUUCCAGUACCGAAACAUGUUCCAGUCGGUAAAUGUUUCUUCACUAGAGAAUGUGAUUCGCGGAUAUUUGAGAACAGCUGAGGAGAGAACAGAAUCAGCUCGUGAGCAGUCACAACAAGCUGUGGUAGACAUUGAUGAUCUUGAUAUGCUGGCUACACCGGAGAGCAUACUCCUAAGUGCUGUCAGUGGAGAAGAUGCCCAAGAUCGCAGUGACCGGACAAUUCUGACUCCUUGGGUUAAGUUCUUGUGGGAAUCAUACUGUCAGUGUUUGGAACUGCUUCGGACAAAUGCCCAUGUGGAGACAUUGUACCACGAUAUUGCUCGCAUGGCUUUCUCAUUUUGUUUGAAAUACAAUCGUAAGACUGAGUUUCGAAAGCUUUGUGAUAAGCUUCGCAAGCACUUAGAAGAUAUCAGCAAGCUCCCUCCACAGACUGCAAAUGUCAGUAUUCAGAAACCGGAGACCCAGCAGCUCAACCUUGAUACCCGCCUUGUGCAGCUUGAUUCAGCAAUACAAAUGGAACUCUGGCAAGAGGCUUAUAAAGCUAUUGAGGAUAUUCACGGCCUGAUGAAUUUAUCGAAGAAGCCUCCUGUACCGAAGACAAUGGCAAAUUAUUAUCAGAAACUUGCCAUGGUUUUCUGGAAAGCUGGAAAUCAUCUCUUUCAUGCUGCUGCUCAUUUUAAGCUCUUCCAACUGUCCAAGGAAAUGAAGAAAAACAUAACACCAGAGGAUCUUCAGAGAAUGGCAUGUCGCUUGCUUCUGGCAACACUUGCAAUUCCGUUGCCAUCAGCUCAUCCUGAGUUUGACCGCUUUAUUGAAACGGAUAAGAGUCCAUUGGAAAAGGCACAACGCCUGGCAAUUCUUCUUGGAUUGCCACAGCCUCCUACCCGCCAGUCACUACUCAGGGAUAUAGUUCGAUUCAACGUGGUUGGGCUGGCAUCACCACAAUUGCAAGAGCUUUACAUGUACCUAGAGGUGGAGUUUCAUCCGCUCCAAUUAUGUGCUCGUGUGGAAGCCCUUGUAAAAGAAUUGCAAGCAGAUGAAAGUUCUCCACUAUUCCAGUAUAUUUCUGCACUGCAAGAUGUAACUCUCGUACGACUUGUGCGGCAAAUAGCACAAGUUUACCAGACGAUAGAGUUCUCUCGUCUUCUUGAACUUGCACGUUUUGCGUCACCAUUUCACCUUGAGAGGCUACUGGUUGACUGUGUUCGUCACAAUGACAUGCAGAUACGCAUUGAUCAUGCAAAACAGUGUGUACAUUUUGGUAUGGAUCUUUCGGAAUCACAGCGUGAAGAUAUUCCUGAAGGUCCAACAUUACAAAAUAUGCCCAGUGAGCAAGUGAGAAAUCAGUUGGUUAAUAUGGCAACUGUUUUACAUCGUGCAAUGAACACAAUAAACCCACAUCACAAGAAGAUGGAGCGUGAGAAAGUACGCCAAGCAUUAGUGCAACAUUAUGAGGAAACAAGAGUGAGGGAACAUCAGCGCAUCCUUGCUCGCCACAAGAUCAUUGAAGACAGAAAAGAGUACCUGGAGCGUCUUAACAGUGCUCGUGAAGAGGAAGAAAUGCGACGGCAGGAAGAGGCAGCACGAGCUGCAGCUUUAGCUGAACAGCGUCGUCUGGAGCAGGAGCGUGAAGAGCGUGAACGCCGAAGGCAGCAGUCUGAAAUACAACAGAUACGUGACCGUAACCUCAAAGAGAAGAUGCAGCAAAUAUCCCAGACUUCGCAUGGCCAGAAAAUACUCAAGAAGCUUGAUGAAGAUGAUAUAAAGAAACUUGAUGCAGAGCAAAUAGCUGCACGGGAAGCAGAAGAAUUGAUGAAAGAACGUAGAGAGAUGCAGCAAAAAUUGAAGUCGCAGGAGAAGAAAGUCGACUAUUUUGAAAGAGCUAAACGAAUUGAGGAAAUACCACUGUUUGAGAAAGCAUUCAAGGAAAAGCAGAUCCAAGACCGUAAGACAUGGGAAGAACAAGAACAGGAACGUAUCAACCAGCUGAUUGCAGAACGUGAAAUAGCUGUACAGCAUCGUGAGCGUCUCAAGAGAAUGCAUGCAGACCGUGAUGCAUUCCUUGAAAAACUAAAAGCAGAACGUCGCACUGUAUAUCUUGAAAAAUAUAAGGAAUUUGAGAAAAAGCUAGAUGAAGAGCGUAAGAAACGUCUAGAGGAGCGCAAAGCAAAACGACGUGAAGACAGACGGCUGAAAUGGGAGCGUGAACGUGAAGAAGAAGAAAGACGCAAGAAAGAAGAAGAGCAACGGCAGCGUGAAGAAGAAGAGAGAAGACGUAAGGAAGAGGAGGAGGAAAAACGCAGACAAAAGCUUGCAGAAGAGGAGGAAGCCAGGAGGAAAAAGCUUGAAGCUGAAAGACGUGAAGCGGAACAACAAGCGGACUGGCGGGCCCGUGAAAGAGAGAGGGAAAGGGAAAGGGAAGCUGAACGUUCAACAUGGCGUCGACCUGUUAGUUCUACUCCAAUUAAUGAUGUCAGUGAUGGCCCACCUAGGAGGGAUAUGCCUACUGAUUGGCGUAAAGGUGGCAGUAGUGGGACGCCUUUAGCUGCAGCAUCAACUCCAUCAAAACCAGAAGUCUGGAGGUCUUCACGACUGCGAGGAGAAAUGGAAGGAAGCAGCUGGCGACGUGCAGAGCCUGUUGAAAAUAGAGAUGGACCAGACCGCUUUGGCAGCAGGGAUGGAGAGCGCUUCGGUGACCGUUUCGGGGACCGAAGUCGUGAUGGGGAACGUUUCGGAGAUCGUGGACGAGACACCGAUGACCGCUUUGAUCGAAGUCGUGAUGAACGUUUUGGAGAACGUGGAAGGGAUAGUGAUCGUUUUGGAGACCGCAGCCGUGACAGUGAAAGAUUUCCUGAUCGUGGGCGUAGUAGAGAUGAAAUAUUUGGUGAUCGUGGGCGUGAAAGUGAUCGCUUUCCUGACAGAGAUCGUGAUGGAUUUGGUGGUAGUGCACGUGACAAAUUUGGUGGUGAUAGAGAUCGCUUCAGUAGUGAUAGAGAUAGAUUUGGAGAAAGAGGAUCAGCACUUGAUCGAUCACGUGAUAGACCGCUGGAAAGAACACCAAUGGCUACUGGAAGCUGGAGGGCAGCUCAGCGACCUGUUGAACCGGAGGCCAAUGAUGAUGAUCGUCGCUCGGCAGCAAGGCGACCUCUUCCUCUGUCUGCUGGCCCUCGGAAAGAUACAAUGCCAAUGAGUGACUGGCGGUCGGGUGGUAGCAAGGACAAUGACCUGAGGAGUGGGCCAACUUCUGCCACGCCAGAUGGCCGUCGUGCGCCAGCUGGUCCUGAUAGAAGAGGUGAUCCACUACGUGAAAACAGACCCCGUCCUGGUGAACAACAGCCUCCACCCAUUGGAGUUGAAGAUGGAGAUGAUGGAAAUUGGCAAAAGGUUGGACGCCGUUAAUAUUAGUGAUCAUAGCUCUCCAGUGCCACGUCGAACUACAGAGGACGGUUCUCUCCAAGACGUGUUCUUAAAUGUUAUUGUGCAUGAUUGAAUGUAAACUUGUUUGAUCAUGUAAGAUUCCUGCAAGUUGUCUUAACUAAAGCAGCUUUCAGGUUUGAAGGCAAAACACAGUAGCACUUCCAGAGUUCAGAAGGGUGUUUAGUAUAAUUAUUUUUAACAGUAUAUUAUAACAACUUGAUAUUUCUAUUGGAUAUGGUAAUUGUAUCUGAUAAAAUGAUACACAUCUAAUAAAGUGUGCGAUAACUGUUAGCUCUGUUGGUGUCAGAAAGGAAGGUUAACUAAAAGGUUGCCUUUAUUUCUCUCUGUAUGUAUCCCUCUUUCUAAUUAAGAACAGUUUUUUUGCUUGUCCUUAAAGCUGAUUGUCAGCUUAUUUUUCUUUGUGGUGUAUUAUUUACACUGUUUUAUAUGUAACUUUUUCAUUACUUUAUUUCAGUAGUUUGUAAUCCUGCACAUAUUUUGUUUGCAAAUUGCACUUAAUUCAACCAGACCGCUCUGCACCAUGAAAUAAUAAAUAAAAUUAUUGUCUGAGUUUGUCCAACGUAGGCGUGUGUUUUUCACAAUGCUCAGAUAUAAGUAAUUCAAGACUGUUUCUUCAUUAGGUGUUCAUACUCAUUUUGUCUCAUUUAUUUAUCAUUGUUGCUUCCCUUAAAGCAAAAGUGGAUAGGCCUAAAGUACCAAUUAGCUUUCAUAAAGAUUUGUUCUGUUUUAUGGUCUGGUACAAUGUGUUUUUAUAACUGUAUCAGUUGGUAUGCAAUGAUUAACAAUCAUGUUCAUUAUAUUACUUGUAAUUAAGCAAUUUUCUGUAUUUACUGUAUGUGGCUGAAUUAAUUUUGUGGGAGUCUCUUUCCUCCUGGCUUCGUUGUAUAUUUUUCAGAUUCUGAUGUUCAGUCAAUAUUGUGAAGCAAAUUGUUCCGCUCUUGAAAUAAAUGUCAAGGUUCGGAAAUGCACAGUCAAAAUUA